AUGCCCGCCCUCCGACCCCUCCAACCGCUCGCUCCAGCACCACCACGCCUGCUCAACCCAGACCCCGAAGCAGAGCCCGACCGCUUCUCGGAGCUCCCACCAGAAAUCCGCAAUGUCAUCUACAAAUACGUCCUGGCCGACGUGGAACUGCACAUCACCCCCGUCCUUCAACCCGGCCAAGCACUCCCCAAGCCACCUUCACCAAAGAGCGACCGCACCCUCCCACCUCUCCCGGCUCUCCACCAACCCCUGUCCCAAAUCAGCCGCACGCCCAGCCAAAGCAGCACCACGAGCAGCGACCCGAACAGCCAUCCCCCAUCCCUCACGACCAACCGCCCACCCCCACCAAACCAAAGCACCCUCGCGCCUAUCCUCGACAAAAGACGCACCUACCCCAACCCCCACCCGCUCGCCCUAACCUCCCGCCUCAUCCGCAACGAAACCAUCCCCCUCCUCCACCAACACUGCCCGGUCCACUGCACAAUCAACGAAAUGGACUUCACCCCGCUGCUGGCCUUCCACUCGCGCAUCCCGCCCUCGGACCUCAAGUACCUCCAACGCAACCCGAACCUCGUCAUUACACUCGUCACGACGCAGGAUAAAGAGCUGGGAGCGUUGGAUUCGAUGCGCAAAUGGCUGCAUUGGCGCGCGGACCAGCAUCGGUGUCAGCCGGAUUGGAGGUAUGAGGGGAGCAGGCCGAGCUCGCGGGUGGGGAAUGAUUUGCGGAGGAGGUUGAAGAGGAUGGUGGAGAAGGGUAAGAAGGCGGAGAUGGAGAAGAUUUUGCGGGCGAUGAAGGUGGAUGCGGUGGUUAACGACUUGUGGCGGGAAGCCGAACUGUUUUGCAAUGCGUUCAAACGACUUGUGCGGUCUUAUGCGAGUGCUUUGAGCGUUCUCGGAUGA